GGCGGAAAUGUCUCGUUAUUGUCCGAUUUCCCGUUAAGACAUUUUCGGGUUUUUCUAGGAAGAAAUCCCCAGCUUUCAGCUUGAGAUAAGAAAGUAGGAGGUUGUAUAAUUAUACAUUAAACAACUUUAUGGUUUAAAAGGUAUGUCCCCAAGUCCUGCUGAAGGUCAGUUAGCUGUUAUUGUUGGAAAUGAUGUUCCUGCUCCACAUUAUUUGUGUGUAUUCCGAGAUGAAACAACUACUAAUUGGAAAAGUAACAAAUUUCAUUUGAAUUUGCCUGGAAAUACCACUGUGAAAAAUUUAUAUGAAACUGUAUCACAAAAAACAUGUUAUAAAUAUGAAACAUUUUUGUUAAGCUAUUUGAUAAAAGAGGAGGAAAUUUUAAUAGAUGAUAAAUGUGAAGACACUUUGCAUGACCUGUUGAAGGAUGUAAGUGCUAAACGAAAUGAUUUCAUGAUUAAGCAAAAAGAUGGCAAAGAUCCAGUUACCAUGAUAGUUGACACUAUUGUUCCAGUACCACAGGAAUCUGAAGAUGUUGAAUCAUAUGCUGCCUCCUUCUUUCAACUGGAAGGAAAUGAUUCAAUAGACAAUAAAUUUGCCCUGCCAUCUUCAUCAUCAUCAACAUCAUCAUUUUCAUCUUAUUCCUAUUCAUCACAAUCAUCAUCAACUUCGAUAAAAUCAAGCACUGGUUUUGUUGGUUUGGUUAAUCAAGCAAUGACUUGUUAUUUAAAUAGUUUGCUACAAACUUUAUUUAUGACACCAGAAUUUCGAAAUGCAUUGUAUAGGUGGAGAUACAAAGGAAGUAAAACUGAUAUGUCAAAGAGUAUUCCGUACCAAUUACAGAAGUUAUUCUUGAAAUUAGAGACAAGUAAAAAGCGUGCUGUUGAAACCACUGAUUUAACAAAAAGUUUUGGAUGGGAUAGCAGUGAAGCUUGGCAACAGCAUGAUGUUCAGGAAUUGUGCCGUGUUAUGUUUGAUGCGCUAGAAGAAACAUUAAAAAACACAGACCAAGGUGACUUGAUUAAUCAACUUUAUCAAGGUGAAAUGAAAGAUUAUGUUAAAUGCUUAAAUUGCAGCCAUGAGAAUUCAAGACGUGAUAAUUACUUGGAUAUAUCUCUCGAUGUUCGACCGUUUGGUUCAAAAGAACCCCAUGAAAACUUAGAGAAAGCAUUGGAAGCAUUUGUCACUCCUGAGACUCUUAAUGAAAAUAAUCAGUAUCAUUGUAGCAAAUGUGACUCGAAACAAGAUGCACAUAAGGGUUUGAAGUUCAUAAGCUUUCCAUAUUUACUCACAAUUCAACUAAAAAGAUUUACAUUUGACUACAACACAUUACAAAGGAUUAAGUUACAUGAUAGGUUGACCUUUCCAUUCUUUAUUGAUUUGAGUGACUAUGUGCAUAACAAAGAGGAAUUAGCUGACAAUAUUGAAGAAAAAGGAGAUAUAUCAAGCACUGAUGAUGAUAAUGGUGAUGAUGAUGUAGAAUUCGAUAAUAAAUUUAAAUAUGAGUUGUUUUCGAUAUUGAUUCACUCAGGAAGUGCACUAGGCGGCCAUUACUAUGCUUACAUCAAAUCGUUUGAUGAUGAGAAAUGGUAUUGUUUUAAUGAUCAAUAUGUUUCAGAGGUAUCUGAAGAAGACAUACUUAAGUCUUAUGGUGGAGAUGACAAAUUUCGUACUGGCUUUUAUUCUAGCAAUUAUUCUAGUUCUACAAACGCUUACAUGUUGAUGUAUCGUAAGAUAGAUAAAAAGAGAAACAAGAAUUUUAUAAAAAAAUCUAAAUGGACAGCUUCCCUUACUAAUUUGUGUAACAGUAUAUUACAAGAUGAAGAAGAUGAGCAUUCUAAAAGGGAAAGACAAAAGAAUUUAUGCAAGAUACGGCUAUUAUGUUAUCACCCUGUCAAUCAUAGCAAAAUGGAGGCCAAGUUAGAAGUUCAUAAAGAUAGGACUUUAAAAGAGGCCACUGAAAUUGCUUGGAAGACAUUUGAGUUAGAAAAUGUGAUUCCUGUGUCUCAAUGUCGCCUUGUAAAAUAUGAUGAUUACUAUGGAUCUUUUGAAAGAUCGUAUGAAGGAGAAGAAGACACGCCAAUACAAAAACUUUUAAAUGGUGUCAAAAUGAGUUAUGGCUUUGAUAUUUUAUUGGAAUGUAGGAAGAAGGAACAGCAAUUUCAAGUUUAUGAGCCAGGAGGAACAACAUUAAAAGUAUAUCUUAUUGAUCUUGAGGAAAAUGAGUUUGAUGACCACCGAACAAUUCAUGUACCGCUCACAUACACUACGCAGCAACUAAAAGAAAGAUUAGAAGCUGAAACUGGUUUGGCAGCCGAGACCAUGAGAGUAGCAAUAUGGAAAGAAUAUCACGAUUUUUGUUUACUAGAGAAUCCAAGAAGGACGCUAAAACUUGAUGGAUUCUAUAAAAGUGCAAAGGUAUUUGUUGAAGGUCUGUCUGAAGAAGAUAGACUCCUGGAGUUUAAGAAUUCCAACUUUUACAGAAAAUUAGAUAUAUUUAAUCAUACUAUCAAAUUAAAAGUUACAUUGCCAUUUGAAGAUGAAAAUAAUCACACGAAAAAAGUUCUCCAACUUAAUAUUGACAAGAGAAUAACUUUAAAAGAACUAAAGGAUAAGAUUGAAAACGAGAUCGAUAUAAAAGCGGAUUUAUUCAGGGUAUACAGAUUAUAUUCUAAUAAUCAAGAAUUCGAAUGUACUCGACUUGAUGAGCAAUUGACAUCUUAUUUAGAUGACACUAAAAUUAUCAUAAAGCUUGGUAGAGCUUUGAAACAUGGAGAAUUUAGAAUUAAAAUAUAUUUGUUGGAGAUCAAUAAAAAAGAGCACACGAAGUUUUUAAUGGAAGGUAUUGUUGGGACUAACUUAAGUGUGAGGACGUUUAAAGAAACUCAAAUCUCUCCAGAACUUGAGAAGCAAAAUAUCCAUGUUCCAUUAGAAAGAGUGCGCAUUCGUAAAAAGUGCUACAAAAGCCCUGGUAGGAUAUACCCCAAUGAAUACGUUUUCGAUAAAGAUAUAGUUGUUGGUUACACCUCAGAAAUGUAUGUUGAAAUAUUAACAGAACCCGACCAAAUUGUUAGUGAUGAUUAUCUCAGCAUUUUUGUUAAGCGAUGGAAUCCAUCUAAAUACACAUUAGAUGAAUUUGAAGAAGUUAUUUUGUAUAAAGACACAAAGAUAAAAACGUUAAAGCAAAAGCUUCAAGAAAAAAGUGGGAUAAAUGCAGAAUUUAUACAUAUAGCCAAGGGUAGAGGUGUUUUUCCUUGCACUGUAUCAGUUCUCGACAUACAUUACGAGCUAGAAUGGAAUCCAGUUGCUAAUAAAUUGGGAGAACUUUCUAUGGGAAUAAAUGAUGAUGGUGCGGUGAUCUACUACAGAGAUGGUAAUGAAGUUAUUAAAAAAUUGACAGAUAAUGAGAGACGAGAAAUUAGAAACAGAGAAAGUAAAAGGACAAAAACAUCUGGGACUAAUUUCUAUCGUAAAGAAAAAGCAUUAAAAAUCUACACAAAUGGUAACCAGAGGUGACAAAGAAUUCUGAAAAAGAAUUAAUUUGUUUUUUCAACAAUUUUUGUGCUUUUGUCUAUUCGCUUCUGUUAUGGAUUUGCAGUUAUUUUGUUGUAAAUAUAUUUUUAAAUGUAUUUCAUACAAUAUUUUGUUGA